GAGAUGAUGACCGACCGUAUGGAAUCAGUCGAACGAGUGUGUGCAGUGGUCGAUGAAUGUGCUCGUCCUGCGAUCGACGGUUUAUCGCGUCCACGAGCAAAUAGAGGACAACAUAUCGCAGAUUCAAGCGACCUUUCGGAAUCGGCUCUCGGUAAUCUUGUAUUUAAGGUCAUUUCGUUUCGUGCACAUUCGCAGUUGAGGGCAGAGUUUGGGGAACGACCGGAACUGGUUCAGGUACAGCAGGAACCGGUUGAGGCACGACAGGUGAAGGCUGUGGUUGAUUGUCGAUGCACUGUUGACUGCAGAUAG